UAUCUAUACAUGCACCCAUUCCUCCUGUCCCAAGACUGCGCUCCGGCAGACAGAUGGAGUUGCCAAGUGUCUGUUAUGCCAAACACUAAGGCUUUCCCCCGAUAUGGAUGACAGAAACAAUACAUCUAUGCUGUUUCCGUACAACGGAACGGAUGGACACGACGAGAACUCAACGGCUAGUGUCGAACUGACACUCAGCUACCAGAUUACCACAUCAUUCCUCCUUGGCGCGCUCAUCCUUUGCGCCAUCUUUGGGAACGCGUGUGUGGUGGCGGCUAUUGCGCUUGAAAGAUCUCUCCAAAACGUCGCGAACUAUCUCAUCGGCUCCUUGGCCAUCACAGAUCUGAUGGUGUCUGUACUGGUUCUUCCUAUGGCGGCACUUUAUCAAGUGUUAGACAAGUGGAAGCUGGGGCAGGUAACUUGCGACAUUUUUGUUUCUUUAGAUGUUCUGUGUUGCACCUCAUCAAUAUUGCACCUGUGCGCAAUAGCUCUGGAUAGAUAUUGGGCAAUAACUGAUCCUAUAGACUAUAUGAAGAAAAGAACACUAAGGCGCGCUGCGAUUUUAAUCAGUGUUACAUGGCUGAUAGGAUUCUGCAUAUCAAUCCCACCCAUGCUUAUCAUGAAGUCUCAGACAGAAGCUGAGGAGCAGGUGUGCGUGAUCAAUGAAGAUCCCUGGUAUACCAUCUACUCCACUUCUUGCGCUUUCUAUAUCCCGCUUAUUUUAAUGCUAGUCUUGUACGGAAGGAUAUUCAAAGCGGCCAGGUUUCGUAUUCGAAGAACGGUCCGGAAAACUGAGAAGAAGAAAGUAAAAUGUUUGACUGUGUCACCGGCACUUUUUCACAAGAAGCCCAAGGGAGAGCUGGGCAAAAACUGGAAGAGCACUGUGGAGCCCAAGCCGACCUCGUGCGUAAAUGGCGCAGUGAAGCACGCCGAAGACGGCGAGUCUUUGGAGAUCAUUGAGGUGCACAGUAGUUCCAAAAACAACCUUCCUCUCCCCGACACACCCCAGUCGGUCCCGCUGUUUGAGAACAGGCACGAAAAGAAUACCGAGGCAAAGAGGAAAAUAGCACUGGCACGGGAACGCAAAACUGUGAAGACGCUCGGUAUUAUCAUGGGUACGUUUAUCUUCUGUUGGUUGCCCUUUUUCAUUAAAGCGCUGGUGGUACCCUUCUGCCCAGGAUGUAAUAUGCCCGCCUGGCUCCGCGACGUGAUCAACUGGCUCGGGUAUUCAAACUCUCUGCUAAACCCUAUCAUAUACGCUUAUUUCAACAAAGACUUUCAAAGUGCUUUUAGGAAAAUAAUAAAAUGUCAUUAUUGCAGACCAUGAAAUAUUUUUUUUUAUCCAAUAGAUAAAAAAAAUCAUAAUGCUCAGUUGAUCAGCAUUUGUUUACAGCAUAUGUUGACAAUGUUUCCAGGUUUUAAUGCAGUGAUUAAAAGCAUAGCGUGAUAAUAUGUGUCUUAAUAUAAUUACAGAUACACAUAUACAAUUGUAUUAUUAUUAUUAUUAUUAUUAUUAUUAUGAUUAUUAUUAUUAUUAUUAUGCUAUGGCAAUAUAUACUGUACAUGAUGAGAUCACAAA